AGCAACGGGGCGUAUACUUGUUUUCCGCUUCUGAGUACAAAGCAACUAUUAUCUACAAUGGCGGCCAGCAAAAUUCCCGAUUGGGUAACUGCAGAAAUAUUUGAAGAUGUGCUCAAGGCAACUGUGAGCGGAUACUCAAAAGUCAAGAACUUUAAGGCGGACAUUGGAUCUGCUGCAGGUGAAAAUUAUGCCACCAUAAUGCUGCGAGUCAAGAUCGAAGUUGAGUUGCAAGAUGGCAAAUCGAAAUCAAUAUCCUACAUGCUGAAGUUGCCCCACCAACUGGAAUUUUUCCAAGAGAUGAUGAAACGAACCAACAUCUUCGACAUCGAGCGUACCAUGUACAACGAGGUCGUGCCGGAACUGGAGGCCAUUUACAAAGCCGUGGGAGUGGACAUCACUUUCGGCGCCAAAAGCUACGAUCUCAAAAACGCCAAAACCGACUACGUGGCCCUGGAGGACUUGGGACUGAAGGGGUUCAAGAAUGCCAACCGCCUCGAAGGACUGGACCAAACGCACACGGAGCGAGUCCUGCGAAAGCUUUCCCAGUGGCAUGCGGCAUCUGCCGUGCGAGUGGCCACCAAAGGACCAUACUCCGAUAUGCUGCUACAUGGCUUCUUCAAGGAGGAAAGCAAGCCCAUGAUGACUGAAAUGCUGAAGGGAAUGGGCGCGAAUUUCGUCAAAAGUUGUGCCACCUACGAGGGUCACGAGCUCUAUUUUGACAAAGUCAAAGCGCUGCAACCUGUUGCUGUCGAUAAGAUUUUUGAGUUGGCCAAGGUCGAGCCAACGGAAUUUAAUGUUCUGAACCACGGCGAUUCCUGGUCGAACAACAUUAUGUUCCAGUACGAUGCCUUCGGAAAGAUCAAGGAGGUGUAUCUGGUCGACUAUCAGCUACCCAAAUACGGAACCGUGGCACAGGAUCUGCUCUACUUCUUGCUCUCCUCCACAAAGCUGGAGGACAAGCUGGCCAAAUUCGAUUAUUAUAUCAAGUUUUACCACGAUAAUCUGGUGGAACACCUGAAGAUUCUGAAAUACUCCAAGCCCAUUCCCAGCCUGCGGGACAUUCAUUUGGCGCUCUUCAAGUUCGGUUAUUUUGGCUACACGGUCGCUACUGGUGUAAUGUCUGCCGUGCUCCUGGACCCCACGGACACUGCCAGCUUGGAGAACUUCCUUGGUGACAACGAAGCAGGAGCGGACUUCCAGAUGCAGCUCUACAAUAGUCCCCGGUACCGAAAGCACAUCCAGGUUGUCAUGCCCUGGUUGUUGAAUCGUGGCGCCUUGGAGCUCUAGAACCACCAACAAAUUGAUUUCCAAUUUUCACAAUAAACAAUCGAUAUUGAGUCAGAACCAUGUGGGGCAGUAUGAAAAGCUAUCAGUAUCUGUGUGCGAUAAUGGCAAUGUGUAUUAAUAAACGUGGAACUUUUAAAGAUAAA